AUGUUCCCCCGCUCCUUUUCGUCCGGAGUCCUCUCCAGAACACGAGUCCUUCCUUCGCGUGUCGUCCCCGAGGGAUUCCACCGCCUCUACAACUCGCGAUCGUCGCCCCAAACCGGCCGCUCGCAAUUCAAGAUCCUCCCCAUCCUCGCGGUUAUCGGCAUUAGCUCGGGAUCGUACAUUCUGCUCGUUAAGUCCCGAACUGGUGCCCGGCAAUCGCCUCCCUCGAACUAG